AGCCUCCCUGCUUCAGAAUACUCUGCAACACCAAAAUUGAGGUUAUUCACCUAUAUUUCGCGAAUUUAUUCAGUUUGCGAAACUUCGUCGAUUUCAGCACUCGUGUGCAAGAGGAAUUCAACAAAUUCUGUUCUCGGUCGAAUACAUGUUCUACAUUUAAUACAUUUACGGGAUCGCGUUUCGGCUGAGGGCCGGAGCGAUUGAGCAAAUUCACGCAUCGUGAAGAAGGAAAACUAGCUUGACUAUGAGACUUCUCGAGAGAAUAGGAUGGGGAGUUGCGGUGCUGGUUCUGCUAACUUGUCGAGCUCAAGCGGACGACGCACACUGCGACGACAGCAUUAUUACUAUUCAAAAUCAACGCGAUGCCACUGCCAUAGAGAACUGCACUACUAUUAGCGGCCAGUUGGUCCUCGACUCUAGCAUUUCCGGCUCCAUUGUUCUUUCCGGCGUAGAGAGAAUCAAUGGCCCUUUAACCAGUCAGGGAACGAAGCAAUUGGUCUCCUUUUCCGCCCAUGACCUACGUACUGUGGGCGGCGAGCUGCAAUUCGCCAACGCCACCAUCUUAACAACACUUAACUUCCAGAAUCUGCGAAGCGUUGAAAAACUUACGCUGUCAAAUCUGCCUUCCCUUCAAAAAUUAGACUUGGCUGCGCCAUUGCAAAGUGCUUCCUCUGUCGCCUUAUCCAACACCAACCUGUCAACCGUGACAAAGGGCCUAGGCGUGAGGACGGUGGACGUUUUGAACGUGACAAACAACCCAAAUCUGGCAAACCUCUCCAUGCCUUUAUUCAACGUCACAGAAAGCAUGCUCAUCGCGGGGAACAACAAUAAUAUGAUGAACCUUUCUCUGCCUAAUCUUGAAUGGGCCUUCGCAAUGAACGUCACAAAUUGCAGUGUCGUCAACAUGCCCUCCCUCUCCACGGUGAACGAAACAUUGUCUUGGGUUCACAACCCAAUACCUCUGCUGUCAUUCCCCAACCUGACUGCCGUCGCUGGAGUACUGGAUAUAGAAGGCAGCUAUUGGCUGAAUAGUUUAUCCAUGCCAAAGCUUACCAUUAUCGAGGAAGAUUUUAUAAUAAAGGAUAACCCAAACUUGCACAAUAUUUCUGGGCUCCAGUCCCUGAAUUCAACUUCCUCGAUUAAUUUCGAGGGGAACUUUUCCUCCGUUGAGCUGCCUUCCCUUGCGACCGUGUAUGAGUACUUAAUUAUUGAGUCAACAUCGUCCGAUCUGAACUGUACGUUCUUUCAACGGUUCAAAGAUCAAUCAUUGACGAACUGGACUUGCACUGGCGAUGUGAGCAACUCGACCAUCGGUAUGGGAUCAGGAGAUUCAUCAGAUUCUGGUUCACAUUCCAGUGGACUCUCGUCUGGCGCCAAAGCUGGUAUUGCGGUGGGAGUCGUUGUAUUUGUCGCAAUUCUGGCAGUCGGGAUAUUUUUCUUUGUCCGUCGCAAAACACGUUAUUCGCCCGUCGCCCACGAGAAGGGCGACGACAAGGAGCAUACUGAGGUACACGGUGGUCAUCGAAGCUAUGAACAAUCCGUAGCUUUAGAACUUGAUGGUCAAGACAAAGCUGACCAGAAACCGAAAAAACCCGUCGAGCUCACUGGAUCAACUAUGGCUCACGAGCUGGAAGCAUGAUGGGAGGGUUGCAUCACAAACUACAUCUUUGAUGGUCAUGCCCCAAGACCUUUUAUGAUCCGAUCUGCUAAGGUGUCUUAGCUGGAGGAACAAUCUGUUUUCCGGUAGAAUCUGCGAUACCCAGCAUUAGCUUUUCUUUUCUUUAUCUUCUCUUUAUUUUUUAUUUACUUUUGGUAUAUACCACCUGCCACGCCAGGAAAGUGAGUUCUUUGAACAUGUUUAAUGAUAGACGUUAGUGAAUUCGAUGC